AUGCCAAGCAGAGGCUAUCCUUUGAAUGCCAGUCUCCAGGAUCAAUCGCUCGGGCCAACCUCCUGCUUUGCCCAGGCAAACGCCGAGGACAAAGAAGAGCCCGCAAAGUAUGCAGACGAUGUUAUGCCAGAUGUGACCGGGGCAGUCCGGUUGUACGCGACCCACACACUGUGUAUCUCAUGCUUGGCCUGCUGUUGUCAAUUCAAGCGACUCUUGCCAAAUGUGAAGCUUGAGGUAGCCUUUGACGUUUGGAGGGAAACAAGGAGGUGGGUUGGCUCUGGCGAAGAAGUCUUAGCAAGAUUAGAAGCUCAAGAGGAGCAGAACUCACAGAGCUCAAAGACCAAAUGA